UAGGUGUACCGGUAAGUGCCAGCUUUACUACAACAGUGUUUUUAGUAUUUCAAAAUCCAAAUAUUGUAUUGUUUAAAAUUUUAAAAAAAAGUGCUUGCUUUUAAACAUGGGAGUAAACAAAAGCACAAAGUAUACCUUGCUGAAUAAUCUAUUUCUUUUUUAUACUUUUUUGGACAGAUUGGUUGAUUCCUGAAUAGGCCCUACAUUAAUUCCACAUAUUUCUAAAUGAUGCUUCUGUAUAUUAGAUAAUAAAUAAUUGUUGCAUCCAAACGGCUGCAGUCUGCACACUUUAACACUAAAUAGAUAGAGUAAGCAACAGUGUUUGAUGUAAACAACAGUGUAUAUACAGUGUGUUGUACUGUAGGUUGUUGACUGCCAUCUGGCUUCCAGCUUCUUGCUCUACGUCACACAUUCAGAACGGGUCUGGCUUUGCUGCUUUCAAGUACGCUUCGUUAAUCUCCACUUCCUAGCUUUAAAAUUGUAUAAGUGUUUUUUUGUGUUUUGUAGUAAAACAGUAAUGCAGUGCAUAACUAAAAUAUAUAACAUGUACAUGAAUAUGUGAUUAUAAAUAAUACAGUACUUCUAAACCAUAUAAUAUUCUUCUUUAAACCAAUUUUUUUGUUGUUGCAAUGCACCAUGACAUCUUCCACAAGCGGGGAGCACAGAGUUAUCCGCACGGCCCCUGAAGGCAUCAUCAAACCACAGGCGGCGGUAGCUUCAACAGAUCCGCAAAAACUUAAACAUAGACGGCCACUGUGAGCAGCCAGGGACGGGACCAGGCGGAACUUACCAGACAUAUUUUAAUUAAUUUUAAUUAACAUAUAUUAGUUACUCUAUAUUCAGAAUGAUAAGUGAAAAGGAGGCAGUUUCGGGCUCUUGACAACCUCGGAGAUCCACGACUCAACUUUUUGCAGACUUUGUUCUAAUCACAAGGAUUUCUAACUUAACUAAGCUUUACUUAUACCAAGGACCUGAAUGGCCUCCAUUGUUGCGGUGAAGACUGAGAAGCGACCUGCAGCUGAUUCUCAGGAUGCAGACACAAAUGCAAAGAAGCCCAGGAUUUGGGACGCACCAUUUUUCUUCUCUUCUUGCCCCCAAAGGAAACUUCUACCCAGCCUGAAGACAAAGCGAGCCCCCGAGCUGGUCCUGGUGAUUGGCACGGGGGUGAGCUCUGCAGUGGCCCCUCAAGUCCCCGCGCUCCGCUCCUGGAAGGGCCUCAUCCAAGCCUUGCUCGAUGCAGCCAAUGACUUUGACCUGCUAGAGGAGGAGGAAAGUCGGCGUUUCCAGAAGCACAUGCAGGAAGAUAAGAAUUUGGUUCAUGUGGCCCAUGACCUCAUUCAGAAACUUUCCCCGAGGACAGGCAACGUGCGAUCCACGUUCUUCAAGGACUGUCUAUAUGAGGUGUUUGACGAUUUGGAGUGUAAGAUGGAGCAUGCAGGGAAACAUCUGCUCCGAUCGGUGCUGCAGCUGAUGGAGAGCGGCGCCCUGGUUCUCACUACUAACUUUGACAACCUGUUGGAGAUCUAUGCAGCUCACCAGGGCACCAAGCUGGAGUCUUUGGACCUGACAGACGAGAAGAAGGUGUUGGAGUGGGCUCAGGAGAAACGGAGGUUAAGUGUUCUGCAUAUCCAUGGUGUUUACACCAACCCAAGUGGUAUUGUACUGCACCCUGCAGGCUACCAGAAUGUACUGAGGAACACUGAAGUCAUGCGUGAGAUCCAGAAGCUGUACGAGACCAAGUCCUUUGUGUUUCUCGGCUGCGGACGCACGGUAGACGACACAACCUUCCAGGCGCUUUUCUUGGAGGCGGUCAAACACAAGUCGGACCUGGAACACUUCAUGCUCGUGCGGCGGGAGGACGUGGGUGAGUUCAAGAAGCUGCGUGACAACAUGCUGGACAAGGGCAUCAAGGUCAUCUCCUAUGGAGACGAGUACGCCGACCUGCCCGAGUACUUCGAGAGGCUGGCCAAUGAGAUCUGCAACCGCGAUGUGUCGACCAACGGUUGGGGAUCUCCUUCACAAACUGAGGAAGAACAGCAAAACGGCUUUAACACACAGAAAAGCCUCCUUCAAGACCAUCAUUCUUGACAGGCACACAGUCGGGAUCAGUUUCAAUCUACUUUGAGUAGUACUCGAGUCUGAUUUCAAUCAAUGGAUUUAGGAAUCAAGGAAAACUAUGGACCAUGGGAGACCUAAAAGCCGUUUCAGUGUUCCGCAGGUGUCUGGGAUUUUCCUUUUUAUUAGUAUUGGUGUAAAAGGGAAAGGAGAAAUUGAAAGUAACAGUCUGUAUUUAAAUGUUUCUCAACAUUUGGGAAGCUACAGUGAAAGAUUUAAAUAUGCAGAUGAUUGAUAAGAAAGUUCUCACUUUGGCUCGACGAAAAAAAAUUAUAGAUCCGAGUCCACUGACUGUGCUGCAUUGAUUCGUUGUUUGGAUUUGCAUUACAAAAAUGCAACUAAACAAACUGCAUCACCUUGACCUACCCGCCUUGUAAGAGAAGCUGUAACGCACAUCACAAGCUCUUAACUGAAAGCAAUCCUGUGUUAUGUAUAGGGAGUGUAUCUGUCAUGUAUUGGCCCUGAAACCAGUAAAACUUGAUUUGCACACUACUGGACAGGGAAUUGGGAUGGAUGGUUACAUGGUUUGCAAAAUACAUUAUGACGCUGUCCUCAAAUGUUCAGAUGAUUAUAUUUUCAUAGCAAACAUGCUCCCAGCCAGUAGCAAUCACUUUGCCACUCCUGUGCUGAAAAUGUUCUUUGUAAGCCUUUUUUUUUGUAUUUUUAAUACUUGCAUGCGUUUUCUGACAUAGUAUUUAUAUUUAAGUACUAUUUUCAAAAUAAAGAUUUUGGUAUCCCA